AUUACAUUUUAGAGAUUCCAAAAUCAAAAUGUUUUGAAUGGAUGAAUGUUUGGCUGGAGCUGGAGCGACUGAGAUAUUUGACAUUUGAGCAGCCAAUGGAAUAAACAUGGAAAGAACAGGCCAGACAUGACCUAUCAGUAGCCAAUGUGAAAUAGUUAUCUUCUGAAGACAUCUGAUUGAACACGGCACAAACAUGGCCUCAACAUUUCCAGGCCGGCGACGAGCUGGUGGAUUAGGAACGUCUUCUCCGCUGAAAUCCAAGGCGGGGAUGGGAACCACGGACAACAUUGGGAUGAGCGAUGACAACUUUUACAGCAGUCUUGCGGCAGAGGUGGACGAGGAAUCUGAUGUAUCAGAGGCUGAUGUUAGUAAAAUGUUGGCGGACAUGGAUGACAUGGACGAUGCCCUGUUCGGUUCCUCUCUGAAAUCCCGUCCAGCAAGCAGCCCUGGGCCCAAGCAGCCAGGGGCAAAGGAUGACCCUGCCAAACCCCAAGGGAAGGGCAAACCAGCGGUGGGCCAGACGUUGACAUUGGACAAGACUCUAGAAGAGGAAUUGUCCAAAGCACUUGACACCAGUGCCAAACUAGAAGAAAGCCCCACAGCCAGUCCCAGGAGGAGUAGCAAGCCCAAAGCCAACACUAAGAAGUUUGACUUUGGUGAGUUUGACGAGGAUGAUCCACUGGCCGGGCUGUUGUCUGAUGACGAUGACGACGGGAAGACCAAGAAACCGACAAAGAAGAAACCACUGAAAGAGAGCAAGAAGGAGGAACCAGAGAAGAUGGAACCAACGCGGGAACCGGAACCGGAACUGAAGCCAGAACCAGAACUGGAACCAGAUCUGGAACCCCUAUCCAAGAAAAAGGAUCUGCCUAAAGAUGACAUCAAGAACACAACAAAGUCCGAUGCAUCACCUGCUAGAAAAUCAAAGGCAAAGACCAUUGAUUUUGACGACGAUGAUGACGAUGAUUCUGACAUUCUUGGCAGCCUGGGUUUGGGGAAAAACACCAAAGGCACUGAUGUCAAGCCUGAGGUAUCUUCGUCUACCAGACCUGCGAGGUCGAGAGGCAGGAGUGAACCGGAGGCAGACUUUGGUGACGAGUCGGACCUGCUAGGGAGCCUGGGUCUGGGUGCCAGUCCAAGGGAGAGGCGUCGCAGUCGACCGGAGGAUAGCGGUGAAGUGGAACAGGCCCGCAAUAAAGUCAACGAACUCUUUGGGACAAGUGGCACCAGUAAGAUGCUGGACAAGCCACCGGCAGGCAGGCAGCGGCAGUCACAGCUGGACAAGAUACUGCAGAAGAAAGACCACAUUAGCGCCCCCAAGGCCAAAGCCAAAGAAGAGAAAGAGGAAGAUUUCAGUUUUGGAGAUUAUACUCCGUCGUCGGUGACAGCCCGACCUGAGUCUGCCCCACCGCCUCGGCGCUCAGUCAGAUUUUCAGAUGAAGACGACUUGGCCGGCACCUCGUCACUAGACAAGCCCCGGUCCCGUGCCGGCAUGUCAUCCUUCCUGGACGAGCCUCUGCAGAGGCCCCAGAGUGCCACACCUGGCACUACCAGCAGUCGGAGGACUGGUAGGAACUCUAGGGUCAGCACCAAGCCAGAUGACGAUUGGCUGGAGCUGGCCGCCGGAGCUGACCACACAAAGGCCGCGGAGAAGUCAAAGGUCGCUGAGAAGAAUGCUCCAGUCACUGAUAAAGAACCACAGAUGGACACACCGCAACACAAACCUCCUUCCAGAACUUCAGAAUCCUCAACAAAAGACGAGACGAAAUCCUCCCCGGUGAAAGCGAAGCAGAAAGAAGAACCUCCAGCUAAGGUGCCCUCUGCCGCUGAUUACCUGGGACUGUCGGACACCGAGAUAGACCUGGACUCCCUAGUGCAACCCAAGCCUUUGACUCCACCCAUGGAUUCCACUCUGGAUGACCCAUUCAGCCCUCCUGCUAAAAGGGAAACAAUAUCGCCAUUUCCGUGGGAUAGUUCCAGCAGCAGAGCUAGGCCAGACACCCAACCAGUGACGAGCACACCUCAACCCGAAGAUGAUUUUGAUAUGGAUGAUGACUCGGAUGAACAAGAACCGCUGCAAACAAGUAUGAUGGCUCAGCAACUGCAACAACUGCAGAGAAUGCAGGAAUUGCAGCAGCAGCAACAGCAACAGCAACAGCAACAGCAGCAGAAACCACCACCCGGUAGGCAGUUCUCUGUUGACAGGCCCCCUACCCCUCAGCAUACCCAGGCACAGAUCCCGAAGGAACCAUCCAGAGACACAGGGUCACAGAAGCUGGCUCAAACUGGAGCCAAGAAAGAGCCGCAGUGGCGCCAGCAGAUGAGACAAAAACAGCAGCAGCAAGACAGGACAGACAGACAGCAACUCAGCAGCAGUGGUGGGACAGGGCCCGGUGUUUCAAACUUUGAUGAGCAGCAGGCUGCCAUGCAGUCUGCAGAUAUCAGGCAGCAGCAGCCUUCCAACCCUCUCGCGUCAGCCACCCACCCCAGCUCUCUCCCAGGUUACACCCCGAUGCCAACCCAGCCUCAACAGCAGACCCUGCCAGCCAGCACGGCCUGGCAGGAGCAGCUAGAGAGAAGCCAGCAAGAACUGGACCAAGCCUUGAAACAGCAGCAGGCCGAGUGGGCAAGCCAGCAGCAAGCACUACAGCAGCAGCUGCAGCAGCAGCAGCAGCAAGCGAUGCAGCAGCAGCUGCAGAUGCAGGAGGCGUUGCUGAAAGCUCAGACAGCGCCCUCUAUGUCUACGCUGCUGCCAACGUCAGGAGCGAGCCCACUCAUGAUGCCCGGUCUGACGAGCUACGGUUUGGAAGGAAAGAUUCACCAGCUUGAAGCAGAGAAGCGUCGUCUUGAAGCCGAGUUGCAGGCUGUGCAGCAGGCACAUCAUCAGCAGAAAACCGCCCUGGAAAAUGCACACAAAGACUACGUUCAGCUCCUAGAGGAGUCAUCUGGCCGUCGUGAGACCAGGCUUCGUCAGGAACACACGUCAGCGCUGCAGCAAUACGAACAGCGACUCAAGCAGCUGCAGGAAGACCAGGCAGCUCAGCAGCAGCAACAGCAGCAGCGAGUGCAGCAGAUGAACGCCGAGCACAGCAGCCAACUGCAGCAGCUUCAGCAGACCCACAGGCUUGCCAUGGAUGCUGUUCAGCAGCAGCAUGAGCAGCAGCUGCAGCAGGUCAAGCUAGCCAUGCAGCGAGAGAUGGAGGCGCUACACAACACACAGACGCACAGCAAGUCACUACAAGCUGUUGUUGACCAGGUCCAGUCAGCCAGCAAGGAGCUUGGCAGCCUACAGAGUCAGGUACAUGGCCAGCAUCACAGCCAGCUGGAACAACGGUCUGUGGAACUCAGAGAGAAAGACCAACAACUGCAAGCCUUGGAGAAGCGUCUAGCUGAUAAACAAGAGGAGAUGAAUGACGAGAGAGCCAGGCUAGAGGCGCUGGUCAGCCGACUGGAGGCCCACAUCCGACAGCAAAACACUCAAUUGGAUGAGGAGAGAUUUCGUCUGCGUCAGGAGCAGAGUAAGUUGAGCAGCCUUCAGAGAGCUACUGAGGAGGAGCGUAAGCUAGCGGCAGAGCAGCUGGCCUCCCAACAGGCCUCACUCCAACAUGCCAAGGAUGCCAUUCUGGAUGAUCAGAAGACUAUCAUGUCUCAGUGUCUGGAGGAACGCAAGGCCCUGGCAGCCGAGAGAGCCCAAGUGGCUGCGGCUAGGAGACAACUGGAGACAUCGCUUCAGGAACAGGCCAACAAAGCCAUGCAGGUGGGCGCGGAGCAGGAAGGCAAGCUAGAGACCUUAGCCGGCGAGCGCAGCCAGCUGACCGCCCAGGCUGCGUCGCUGCAGCAGCAGCAGCAGGCCUUACAGCAGGAGAAGGAGCAGCUGUCACAGCGACGGCAGGAGCUAGACAGCGAGCAGCGGCGACUGCAGCAGCUGGCCGAGACGUUGCGACAACGCUCGCAGCAGAUACAGGAGACUGUCACGGAGGGUGUUCAGGCUAGGGAGGAUGGGCAGUCGGCCUUACAGGCAGCCAGGACGAUAGAAGCUGAGCAAUCUACAAGAGAGAUGAAUUUGCAGAGUCAGACUCAGACAUUACGGGCGACACAGAGACAAAUCGCACAGGAGCGUUUGGAUCUGGCUCGUGAGCAGAGGAACCUGGAGAGACUACGUGGGUCCCUACGCUGCCAGAUGUGUGGAGGCCCAGUCCCAUCACCAAAAACACCAGCCUGGUCUACCAACAACCACUUCCGCCAAACACCUCACCUCAAUCGGUCAAUGCAACUCCCCAGUGACGACAGUCAGUACCCGGAGAGGGAAACAGCGCCCUCUAGAGCCCUGAGCCUGAAGGACGUUGACACCCUCCUGUCCCAGGCAGAGCUGGGCCACAGCCUGAGGGUGUGGAAAGUGGAAGCUGAGAAGGACAAGGAGUUUUUGGAGGAAGAGAGCAUUUUCCUGGAAACCUUGAAGACCCCUGUACCGGCCGUGUAUAUUCAGAAGGCAUGAGGUUCAGCUCCUGUGUGGACAAUCUAAACUGGGCAGUGCGUUGUCCAAAAUCCUGGCAAUGCUGAACAGAAGGUAUUAGAUGAACACACUUAAAAUUUACGUGUACAAUUUGGCACAGUUGCUGGUCUGCCGAAGAAGAUUCUAUGGCCAAGGUAAGAGGAUAUCAUUGCAUUGGGGUUGAUUUAGAAUGACUUCAACGACUUUCAUCUUUCUGCCCCUGUAUUCGGUUUUGCCCUUUAUUGAUGAAUGCUACAAGCACUGUAUGCUUUGUGCCUAUUAAGAGCAUGUGAGAAGCGAAAGACUUCACAACUUUUCCUAGGUGGGACUCAAACUCACGACAUCGUGCUUAGUAGUGCAGACGUCUUUCCAAAAGUCCAUAAAAACUCCUUUUUUAGCAUUUUUCUACCAACCUUUCGAUUUAAGUGUAGUUUUACUAGGGGUGUCUGUGUGUGUGUUUGAAAGGGAGGGGUAUGUGAAAUUUUCUUUAAAUUAAACUGACUUUUCGUAAUUUACUUUUAUGGAAAAAGUAUUCAAGGAAAAUAUUAAUUUUCCCCAAGUAACGUGCUUAGAAUUUUCCAAUGUGAUUUUCUCAGGGUCUAGAUUUUGUGUAGCUGAAGUAAACAAGAUUUUACAGUUUGCUUAGGAUUUGCUGAAAAUAGGACUAUAUAGAGAAAAGUUCAAGCUUUUUUUACAGUGUGACAUUUCGUAUGUAUCGGGAAUUUCACAUGUUAUACAACUUUUACUUAUUUGUUUGUGCCAGUGUGCAGCUACGGAGGCAUAUUUGAAAUGAAAUUUGAAAUUUCCCGUUUAACCCUUUUUUCACAUUGAUGUAUUUAAUAUUUCAUGUACAUGUAUUGGCAUAUCCUAAUUUAAUAAUAUUUAUUGUUUACAUUAAUCAAAUUUGUUUGCCCGUGAUAUAUAAUUGCAUAUUGAAAUAUUACAAGUCCGUCCUUUGAAAAAAAAUAAAAUUAUUAAUUGGAAUUUGAAUUUAUAUGUGCUAUCAACAGUACUUGCCUUAAAUAGUACUCAAUAUUGAUAAUAGUUACAGUUUCCAGAGAGCAAGACACCAACAACAAAUUCUCUUUAAUUUUUUUCAUUUUUUGUAUGUAGAUGGUCUUUCUACAUGUGUUACAUUGUAACUUAUAAAAUUGCUUGUCUGUAAGAAAUACGGCAGAUUUUGUCCUCUUUUAACAGUACAUGUAUUCCAUUUUGUAAAUUAAGGAAAAUUUUAUUGCAAUUUAGAAAACUUAA